AUAUUAAUCAUUUAUUUUUUGCUCCUCAAAGAUAGUAUAAUUUCAUUACAUUACAUUUCAGUUGAUUGCAAUGUUUCCGCACAACAAGUUCAAUUUAGUGUGCAAGUUUUUCUGUUUGGCUCCUAUAUCAUCCAAUAUACAUACUCAGCGCUUUUUAUAUACCUACUCUCUGAUAACUAUAUUCUGUUUAAUUCUAGCAACUGCGUUUAGUUUUUCGAUUAAUGUGUUUGGUGAAGGAUACAUUGUAUCUAGUCUAGCAACUUCGGUUGUAUUUCUUUCGGGUAUCAUUGGACACAUCACGACUGUUCUAGAAUCAUUGUUGAAAAGAAAGGAACAUGAAAGUUUUUUCGGUCGAUUGCAGGAACUCGAAGACAUUUUCCGACUUAAGCUUCAGCAUCGGAUUCAAGUGGGCUUUUAUCGAAAGAAACUCCUUUGGAAAUAUUCAAUUCUGUCAAUUUUGAUUGUCGUCUCUUUGACAGCAUAUAUAUACAUUAUUUCUGUUCGUGAUUAUCAAGGAUAUUUUUGGAGUGCUUCUCUGUCGGUGAUUGUUGCAAGGAUAAGGUUUAUUCAAGUCAGUAUUUACGUGGACUUGAUAAGUUUUCAGUUUGACAGCAUGAAUUUGUUGCUUAAACAAAUAACCAAAAGCAGGAUACAGCACAAAAAUAGAAUUCUAGAAGAAGAUUAUGACCUAAUUGAUAACACAGAAAGAAUAUUUGUCUUGAAGUUGAUUUACACUAAGCUUAAUGAUUUAGUGAUAUGUUUGAACGAAGCUUUUGGGUGGUCAAUUCUAACGCUGACUGUUUACUUUAGUUUGGAUUUAACUUGUAAUAUAUACUGGUUGUUUCUGACAUGGGAAGCACUUUUGGUUUCAUAUAGCGCAUACGAAUCCUAUACUACGAUCUUUCCAAUAGGCCUGUUACUGUUUUUAUUGAGUUAUACAUGCUCUAUGUGCUCGAAUAAGAGUGAUGUUUCAAAGACACUGGUUCAUCAAAUGCUGGUUGAUUCAACGCUGGACCAAACAAAUUAUUUAUUAGAUGCAUUUCUUCUACAAAUUUAUAAUCAACCUAUUGGUUUUCAUGCAAAACGUUUUUUUUAUAUAAAUUUAAAACUUUUGACAAGUGUAAGUUUCAACUGCAUUGAUUCAUACUUAGUACUAUGUUCAUAUUUGAAUAAUCCACAGAUUUCUGCUUCGAUGCUUGGGUAUUUAGUAAUUUUGAUACAAUUUCAAUUGACGGAAAAUGAGCUUUAAUUUAUCAGAUUAUCCUUUUUAAAUUAUUAUCCUUUUUAAAUUACUCAGGUCGACAAAAAUAAAAAUAUUUUUUGUGCUUGGGUUUAAUUUGCACUUUUUGGGUUCAUGGUAAACCAAAACAAUAGAUAAUCACCCUUUCUCCUCCUAAGAUUUGCUUUUGUAGUGUUGGGAGCAAAAAUACAAUUUUCAUACCCUGUGAGUCUAACUCCAGUUUUAUGAGCUAUAGUGCAAGAAGCGUGCAUUGUACAAAAAAACUGUUAAGUAUAAAAUGUAGAUGUUAAAAGUUCUACAUUUUUGCUACAGCACUUUAUUCGACUUAAAUUAUAAGAAAAAAGUUAUGAUGAAUACAAGGGUUUUUUGCUCCGAAAAACCCUGUUUUGUUGAGUUCACACUGUAAUAUUUUUUUUAUCUAACUUCAACUUUGGAAACUUUUAUACUUUUUUGAAAACUGCAAUA